AUGAGAGCCCUCAUCCACCGGAAUGUCUUGAGGCGGCGGCGGCCUUGUUAUCCGUGGAAGAUCUAUCGUAUACAGACCUCACCUUUCCACAAACAUGCACCACACCAGAAGGAAGCGCGGGAUCCUCGUCUCAAGGACGUCGAUGAAUUGAUCAAAGAUCAAUUCGCCACUCUACGACAGGACUACCAGGUACCCAAACAUCCUAUCAUUCUCGCCCAUGGACUACUAGGAUUUGAUGAACUGCAUCUGGCGGGCCAGAACUUGCCCGGGAUCAGAUACUGGUAUGGCAUUACGGAAGCGCUUGCUGCACGUGGGGUUGAGGUCAUUACGGCGACGGUGCCGCCAAGUGGGAGUAUUGAGGCGAGGGCGCAGAGGCUUGCAGAGAGUAUUGAAAGGAAGGCAGGAGGUAAGGCCGUUAACAUCAUUGGACAUAGCAUGGCCACGUCCCAAGGUCUUGACUCCCGCUACAUGAUAUCCCGCCUUAAACCUCCCAACGUGAGCGUCCGCUCCCUUACAACCAUAGCUACACCCCACCAUGGCUCCGCCUUCGCAGACUGGAUGUUCAAGCGCAUCGGCCCCAUUAACAUCCCCAAACUCUACCAAGCUCUCGAAUUCUUCGGUCUGGAAUCUGGAGCUUUUCAGCAAUUGACGAUGAAGUACAUGGCUGAUUCUUUCAACCCCCGGACACCGGACUUGGAAGGCGUGAGGUAUUUCAGCUACGGUGCCACGCUUCGCCCAAGGUUUACUAGUGUUUUUCGGAAAAGUCAUUCCGUCAUACAAGAAGCUGAAGGACCGAACGAUGGGCUUGUCAGUGUGAACAGUUCCAGAUGGGGCACGUAUAAGGGGACGUUGGACGAUGUCAGUCAUUUGGAUCAGAUCAACUGGACGAAUAGAUUGAGGUGGUAUAUUUGGACUCUUUCUGGGCAUCGGAGGAAUUUCAAUGCUAUCGCCUUCUAUCUAGACAUUGCUGAUAUGCUUGCCAAGGAAGGCCUGUGA